AUGCUCGUUCUCUGGAGCGUCUCCUCGUGCUUCUCUCCUGGUCACUUCAUCAGUACCGACUCCUCCCCGCAGCUUGGAGGCACCCACUUGCUGGUGGGAGAGAGUGUCUGGCCCUGGGCUGCCGGCCCUUGUCUCCGGCAACACAACAGCUCUGGGACCAUCUCAGGCCCCGCUGCCCUCCCCCAGGCCACAGGCUGUCCCGUGUCCAUCUUCGUCUAUGAUGUGAAGCCUGGCGCGGAAGAGCAGACCCAGGUGGCCAAAGCUGCUUUCAAGCGCCUCAAAACUCUACGGCAUCCCAACAUCCUGGCUUACAUCGAUGGACUGGAGACAGAAAAAUGUCUCCACGUCGUGACAGAGGCUGUGACUCCGUUGGGAAUAUACCUCAAGGCGAGAGUGGAGGCUGGUGGCCUGAAGGAGCUGGAGAUCUCCUGGGGGCUACACCAGAUUGUGAAAGCCCUCAGCUUCCUGGUCAACGACUGCAGCCUCAUCCACAACAAUGUCUGCAUGGCCGCCGUGUUCGUGGACCGAGCUGGAGAGUGGAAGCUUGGGGGCCUGGACUACAUGUAUUCAGCCCAGGGCAACGGUGGGGGACCUCCCCGCAAGGGGAUCCCUGAGCUUGAGCAGUAUGACCCCCCGGAGUUGGCUGACAGCAGUGGCAGAGUGGUCAGAGAGAAGUGGUCAGCAGACAUGUGGCGCUUGGGCUGCCUCAUCUGGGAAGUCUUCAAUGGGCCCUUACCUCGGGCAGCAGCCCUACGCAACCCUGGGAAGAUCCCCAAAUCACUAGUACCCCAUUACUGUGAGCUGGUGGGAGCGAACCCCAAGGUGCGUCCCAACCCGGCCCGCUUCCUGCAGAACUGCCGGGCACCUGGUGGCUUCAUGAGCAACCGCUUUGUAGAGACCAACCUCUUCCUGGAGGAGAUUCAGAUCAAAGAGCCAGCUGAGAAGCAAAAGUUCUUCCAGGAGCUGAGCAAGAGCCUGGAUGCGUUCCCUGAGGAUUUCUGUCGGCACAAGGUGCUGCCCCAGCUGCUGACCGCCUUCGAGUUCGGCAAUGCUGGGGCCGUUGUCCUCACGCCCCUCUUCAAGGUGGGCAAGUUCCUGAGCGCUGAGGAGUAUCAGCAGAAGAUCAUCCCUGUGGUGGUCAAGAUGUUCUCAUCUACUGACCGGGCCAUGCGCAUCCGCCUCCUGCAGCAGAUGGAGCAGUUCAUCCAGUACCUUGAUGAGCCAACGGUCAACACCCAGAUCUUCCCCCACGUUGUACAUGGCUUUCUGGACACCAACCCUGCCAUCCGGGAGCAGACGGUCAAGUCCAUGCUGCUUCUGGCCCCGAAGCUCAACGAGGCCAACCUCAAUGUGGAGCUGAUGAAGCACUUUGCACGGCUACAGGCCAAGGAUGAACAGGGUCCCAUCCGCUGCAACACCACGGUCUGCCUAGGCAAAAUCGGCUCGUACCUCAGUGCCAGUACCAGACACAGGGUCCUUACCUCCGCCUUCAGCCGAGCCACUAAGGACCCGUUUGCACCGUCCCGGGUUGCGGGUGUCCUGGGCUUUGCUGCCACCCACAAUCUCUACUCAAUGAACGACUGUGCCCACAAGAUCCUGCCUGUGCUCUGCGGUCUCACUGUAGAUCCUGAGAAAUCUGUGCGGGACCAGGCCUUCAAGGCCAUUCGGAGCUUCCUGUCCAAACUGGAGUCUGUGUCGGAGGACCCGACCCAGCUGGAGGAAGUGGAGAAGGAUGUCCAUGCAGCCUCCAGCCCUGGCAUGGGAGGAGCCGCAGCCAGCUGGGCAGGCUGGGCCGUGACCGGGGUCUCCUCGCUCACCUCCAAGCUGAUCCGUGUGCACCCCACCACUGCCCCCGCAGAGACCAACAUUCCCCAAAGACCCACACCUGAAGGCCACUGGGAGACACAGGAAGAGGACAAGGACACAGCAGAGGACAGCAGCGCUGCUGACAGAUGGGACGACGAAGACUGGGGCAGCCUGGAGCAGGAGGCUGAGUCCGUGCUGGCCCAGCAGGAUGACUGGAGCACUGGGGGCCAAGUGAGCCGUGCUAGUCAGGUCAGCAACUCCGACCACAAACCCUCCAAAUCCCCAGAGUCCGACUGGAGCAGCUGGGAAGCUGAGGGCUCCUGGGAACAGGGCUGGCAGGAGCCAAGCUCCCAGGAGCCACCUCUCGAGGGUACGCGGCUGGCCAGCGAGUAUAACUGGGGUGGCCCAGAGUCCAGCGACAAGGGUGACCCCUUCGCUACCCUGUCUGCACGUCCCAGCACCCAGCCUAGGCCAGACUCGUGGGGCGAGGACAACUGGGAGGGCCUGGAGACAGAAAGUCGACAGGCCAAGGCUGAGCUGGCCCGGAAGAAGCGCGAGGAGCGGCGGCGGGAGAUGGAAGCCAAACGCGCCGAGAGGAAGGCGGCCAAGGGCCCCAUGAAGCUGGGAGCCCGGAAGCUGGACUGAACCGUGCGGUGGCGCUUCCCGGCCGCGGAGAGCCCGCCCCACAGAUGUAUUUAUUGUACAAACCAUGUGAGCCCGGCCGGCCCGGCCAGGCCAUCUCACGUGUACAUAAUCAGAGCCACAAUAAAUUCUAUUUCACACCC